CCUCCCGCCACCGCCGCCCGGGGCUGCUGCUCCCCGGCCUCUGGCUGCUGCUGCUCGCCGGGCCGGCCUCGUGCGCCUCAGACGAACUCCCCCUGGAACAGCACAGCCAUUCUUUACGCCCCUCGGAGUUCCAGCCAGAGACAAGCAUCAUGCACAGUGCUGCACAAGUGACCUUAUCAGAGACUGUUCCCAGGUCCCAACCAAGCAUCUCUGUCCUUGUCCUCUCCUCUCCGCCUCCUCCCGCUUUUGAUACGGCCUUUUUAAGCCAGAGACAACAGACUCGAAGUACAGCGGAGCACAGCAUCUUUGAGGCAAAUUACGUAUCCGUGACGAGUAAUGAGGUGGCUCUUGAUGAGGAGAUGGAUAACUUUCUGCCAGACGCUCACUGGACCUCUUCACGGGUGGUCUCCCCCGUGCGGUAUAUCACACCGAGCCCACUGGACCCACCCCAGGAAACGCCGGAGCCUGGCUCGACCCCAUCACUCCCCACCAUUUCUUUGCAGGAUGAAGUGCUGUCCGGAUGUCAGAACACAGUGCCACAGGCAACUGUCCACUUGGAGUCGUCCACUUAUUUUGGCACUUCUUGGUCAGCUUUUCUCACGUCUGAGGGCAUCGUUCCAACUCCUAGUGGGAACUCGGUGCUUCAUCCUACAGAAAGUCACAGCCAGUUAUCAAGAAAGGCUUUGCCAGAGACGGUGGCUUCUGUAACAGAGGGUGCAGAGAACCUCCUUUUCAGCUCCUGGAUUUCAGUGUCUCAGCCGUCAGGCGAUGGCAUGACUCAACAGCCAUCUGUUCCUCUGUGGGAGGUCUCACAGCCUCUAGUGGGUGUGCUGGCCACAAGCACGGACAGAUACCCCAAUGAGACCACUGCUUGGAGUGAACAUCCAGAGAAAGCCAUCGCUCUCAGAGCACACCCCGGCGAAACCACGUCACCCACAGACCCUGCUUUUAGCAGUCCGCCUUCCGAUUUAUUUUCAACCCCACUUUCAUCUGUGUCUUUUGCUACCCAAUUACCUGGCUUUUCAGAUAACUCAUUCCUCUCUAGUGAGGCCACGGAAGCCUUAGAAUCACGGUACAGCUCCAUGGUCCCCAGUUUUACUGACCAUCCUCUUGUCCUGAGCCCUGAGGCUUCCCUGAGACCACACACAAGAUGUGUGUCUUGUGUCUCAUUAUCUCAGCAAGAACUGGCCAGGAGCCUCACAGAGAAGGAAAUGGGAUCGGGAGACAGGCUGGAGACUAUGUCUACUGCCUCAGUGGAGGCAACUCAUCUUUUUCCAUUGAGCAGUGUGGGCACAGACCCCUCUGAACUCGAAGAUCCUCAAGAAUUUAAUACCCUUUUCCCUUCUAGACCUGUGGUUUCCUUUUCUUCCAGACCUGUGGGGCUGUGGAAAGCCAGCAUGGAUGUCUCACCUGAGGUGGAUGUGAGUGGCAUUGCCACCACCCGGGUGUACCCUUCCCACAGCCGCCUCUCCACACUAAGCUCACUUGAUUCGACUUUUGGCUUCUCAGUCACCAACGAUCUAGUGAUGUCAUCUGGUGUGACCCAUCUGUUCUCCUCUGUCAUCCCCAGCACCCAUUUUGACUCAUCUUUCUCCUUGACUGGAAAUCAAAACACUCCAUCCCUUCCAGCCGAAAACCCAAGCCUUCUCACCUCUUACAGUCUGCUCCCCUCAGCACAGUCUAAAGUUUUCUCUGAUGGAACACCUCCCAGCUCUCUGGAACUCGAAUCUGGAUUGGAUUUCACAUCCAGCUUUUAUUCAACCCCACCCCUGGACUUCAGCACUCCAGCCCCUUCACGGUCAGAGGUGCUUGCUUUCCCAUCUUUGAUGUCAAGCGAUCCAUCAACCUUCUUUUCUCAACCUUUCUCCACUGUGGCUGAGACAUUUUCACUGUCCAACUCUAUGGAUUUGCAAUCACCUCAGCUUUCUGUUCUUAAUCCCACGAGUCUAGAGCCAUCUCAGUCACGGUCGAGUGCAGACCUUCCUUUGAACACAGUCACUGUCCUUCCUAGUCACUCUGAAAUGCCCUCACUUCCAAGCUCCCUCUCUGAAUCUCUCAAGUUCACCGAAGCAUCGAGAGUUUCACUGAGAGAAUCCAAUGUUCAUGUUACCUCAGCUUUCUCUGAAACUACCUCUGCCUUUGAGUUUUCACCCAUUCCUCAUGAAUCCACAGUCAGCACCCUGGUGCCCUCCAGCUCUGAGCCCACCCUUGGUGUCUCCACAACUGGGAUUCACCUCACAUCACUGACAACCGUUUUCCAUUGGACACCCAUGUUAACCGAGUCACCUCCAUUCUUGACUCUGACACCGUCCGAUGUCAGUGUGCGUGAGACGGACCAUCACAUGCCAGUCUUAACCACACCUUCCAGUGUCAUUCCAACCAGCACAGAAUCGAUCUCUGACCCGUACCUGUCAGCCUCCUCAUCACUUGUUUCUGAAGUAAGCCCUUCACCUCUGCCCACAAAGCCAGUCAUGGACUCAUCAUUGACACUCACAGAUUUACCACCCAGUACCUCCCCAGAACCAAGUACAUCCCCGGAACCAAGCAUGCCCAACACCAGCACUACCCCUGGUGAUACUGUGGACUCUGCUCAGAACCCUCAGGGGAACAGUGUCCCCCCUCCCAAUCCCUCCCUCGGUCCUGUUACCACCUCCACGCUUGAAGCCACAGUUGGUACACCAGCACUGGCCACAGCCAAGCCGCCAUAUGUGUGUGAUAUUACAGUUCCCGAUGUCUAUUUGAUCACAACUGUGCUGGCCAGACGAGCUGUGCAGGAAUACAUCAUUACAUCAAUUAAAGAAGUGCUGAGAAUUCACUUCAACCGUGCAGUGGAGCUAAAGGUUUAUGAACUGUUCACAGACUUCACAUUUCUGGUAACAUCUGGCCCUUUUGUUUACACGGCGAUAUCAGUCAUUAACGUCCUCAUCAACAGCAAACUUGUACGUGACCAAACUCCUUUAAUCCUGUCUGUGAAACCGUCUUUCCUCGUGCCAGAUCCCAGGUUUCAAGUUCAAACAGUACUUCAGUUUGUGCCUCCGAGUGUGGAUACUGGCUUCUGCAACUUCACACAGAGCAUUGAGAAAGGCCUGGUGACAGCUCUCUUUGAAGUGAGGAAACACCAGGGGACAUAUAACCUCACAGUGCAGAUUGUGAAUGUCACCAUUGCUUCUCCGAGGGUGGCUCCGCGGAGGGGCCCAGUGAAUAUUAUCUUUGCUGUUAAAGGCUCGCAAGGUUUUCUGAAUGGGUCGGAGGUGAGCGAUCUGCUGAGGAACCUGACAGUGGUGGAGUUCAGCUUCUACCUGGGGUACCCGGUGCUGCAGAUCGCAGAGCCCUUCCAGUACCCACAGCUCAACUUAUCUCACUUACUGAAGUCCUCUUGGGUCAGAACAGUCCUCCUGGGCGUGGUGGAAAAGCAGCUCCACAAUGAAGUGUUUCCAGCCGAGAUGGAGCGCAAACUGGCCCAGCUGCUCAGUGAGGUGCCCACCAGAAGACGCAUGUGGCGGAGGGCCACCGUAGCUGCUGGGAACAGCGUGGUACAGGUGGUGAACGUGUCCAGGCUGGAGGGAGAUGACAAUCCGGUGCAGCUCAUCUACUUUGUGGAGAAUCAAGAUGGAGAGAGACUGAGCGCAGCCAGGUCUUCAGAUCUGAUCAACAAGGUAGACCUCCAGAGGGCAGCCAUCAUCUUGGGGUACCGGAUUCAAGGCGCCAUUGCCCAGCCUGUGGACAGGGUGAAGAGGCCAUCCCCGGAGUCACAGAGCAGCAACCUGUGGGUCGUGGUUGGCGUGGUCAUUCCCGUGCUGGUGGUCACCGUAAUUGUUGUCAUCCUCUACUGGAAGCUAUGCCGCACAGACAAGCUAGACUUCCAGCCUGACACAGUGGCCAACAUACAGCAGCGGCAGAAGCUGCAGAUCCCCAGCGUGAAAGGCUUCGAUUUCGCUAAGCAGCAUCUGGGUCAGCACAAUAAAGACGACAUACUGAUUAUUCAUGAGCCAGCACCACUGCCAGGACCCGUGAAGGACCACACCACACCCUCUGAGAAUGGAGACGUGCCGAGCCCAAAGUCAAAGAUGCCUUCCAAGAACCUCCGACACAGAGGGAGAGUUUCCCCCUCAGAUGCUGACUCCACAGUCAGUGAGGAGUCCAGCGAGAGAGAUGUGGGAGAGAAGACGACGGCUACCGCCCCUGAGAACAAGGCCCACAGAGCUCCACAGAGCGGCGCCCCGCUGCCCAGUUCCACAAAUGAGCAGCAUUCCUCGGCCUCCAUCUUCGAGCAUGUGGACAGGAUCUCCCGAACCUCAGAGGCCAGCCGGCGGGUCCCCAGUAAGAUCCAGCUAAUCGCCAUGCAGCCUAUCCCAGCUCCACCAGUGCCACACCCCGUCCUGGCUGACCGAGUGGCAGAAACCAACAAAAUCAACAAGGAGAUCCAGUCGGCGCUGCGCCACAAGUCGGAGAUAGAGCACCACCGCAACAAGAUUCGCCUUCGUGCCAAACGCAGAGGCCACUACGAGUUCCCGGUGGUGGACGACCUGUCUUCCGGUGACACCAAGGAGCGGCACCGAGUGUACCGCAGGGCACAAAUGCAGAUUGACAAGAUCCUGGACCCUGCAGCCAGUGUGCCCUCUGUGUUCAUAGAGCCCAGGAAGAGCUCACGGAUGAAACGUUCCCCAAAGCCACGCCGGAAACACCAGGUCAACGGCUGCCCCGCCGAUGCAGAGAAGGACAGACUCAUCACCACAGACAGUGACGGCACAUACAAGCGACCCCCGGGCGUGCACAACUCUGCCUACAUUGGAUGCCCAUCUGAUCCUGACCUCCCAGCUGAUGUCCAGACGCCCUCCUCUGCAGAGCUGGGCAGGUAUCCCGGCCUGCCCUUCUCAGCCUCUCAGUACAUCCCACCUCAGCCGUCCAUCGAGGAGGCACGUCAGACCAUGCACUCUCUCCUGGAUGACGCCUUUGCUCUUGUGGCUCCCAGCAGCCAGCCCACCAAUGCUAUGGGAGUGGGUACUGGGGUGCCUGCCAGCCUGCCUGUGAAUAGCACCCCUUCCAGGGAAGAGAGGCGAGCCACGCAAUGGGGGUCCUUCUACAGUCCUGCUCAGACGGCCAACAACCCUUGCAGCAGAUACGAAGACUACGGGAUGACUCCCCCAUCGGGCCCAUUGCCAAGGCCUAGCUUUGGCCCAGGGUUGCUGCCGUCUUCAGAGUUGGUCCCCCCUGAACCCCCACAGCCACAGUCAUCAUCUGACACUCCAUAUGCUGCCCGAGGGAUCUACUCAGAGGAGAUGCCCUCAGUGGCCCGGCCUCGGCCUGUUGGGGGCACCACAGGCUCCCAGAUCCAGCAUCUGACACAGGUGGGAAUUGCAAGCAGAAUUGGGGCCCAGCCAGUGGAAAUCCCUCCCGGCAGAGGCAGCCAGUAUGGGGGACCAGGCUGGCCGGUAUACGGGGAGGAAGAGGCAGGGCGAAGAGAAGCCACCCACAUGCUUGGACAUCAAGAGUAUUCUUCUUCACCGCUGUUUCAGGUGCCAAGGACUUCGGGCAGGGAGCCCUCUGCCCCUCCCGGGAACCUCGCCCACCGAGGGCUGCAGGGCCCUGGGCUGGGUUACCCCACCAGCUCCACAGAGGACCUCCAGCCCGGCCACUCCUCCGCCUCCCUCAUCAAAGCGAUCCGAGAGGAGCUCCUGCGGCUCUCUCAGAAACAGGGCUCAGUUCAGAACUUCCACAGCUGAUCAGCGUCCCUUGCAGGUUUGCCAAGCAUCUGCUUCCCGUGGAAGCAAGACCAAAAGGAAAUCAACUGAGUGGGUGUUUGUAAGAGUCGGAAGAAGCACGUCCGGGCGAGCUGCCCGGGGAAAGGGAACAAGUUGCAAUGUGAGAAGAUGCCAUAAAGCCACAUGGACAACUCGUGGUACUUUUACUGGGUUGGCAAUUUGAUGACCACUUUGGUUCAGUCAAAAUGUGUGUACUUUGGGGCCAAAAACCAGCACUUACACACACACACACACACACACACACACACACACACACACACACACACACACACACACAC